UAGGCAUUCAGGGGUAGCAGUGUGCCCGAAGAUGGUUGGCGGAGUAACGGAGGGUGGACCUCUCAUUCGACCUGUCGAGCCCGUCUCGACGGCGACAUUGGUAACGUUAUGUAUCGGUGCCGCUUUCUUAUUAUGCGCCGUCGCUAUGACCUGGUGGCUCUGUCGACGGCGUCGCGAGCACACCAAGCUAAGUUCUGACAAGUCCCUGGCGUUCAGGCCGCCGCAUCGGAAGCCGACGGCAGUUAAGAGUCCCGGCAGUACGAGCCACUAUUUAAAGAAGAGUCCAUCGCCGACUGGACCGGCUAAGAGCCCGCCCGGUUCCGGUGGACAAUCUCCCAGUCCGACAGGGUCGCAGUCCUCAAACCCAGCGUCUCAGCCCAGAACACCACAAAGCGCAGGUACACCGGUACAGACGCCCGUCGAGGUUGCUGUGAGUAUAGAGAACGAGCGUGACAAGGCUGAGCUAGAGAAUAACGAGAAGGUCGAGCGUGAAAAGAGCCAAACAGCUGAAAACGACAAGGAUAAUCUGGGUCAACUAGUUUUCAAAUUGCGAUAUCGAAGCGAACAGAAUGCGCUUGCGGUCACCGUAGUGAAAUGCAAAGGACUACCAGCCAGAGGUCAACAGAACGCUACCAGUGAUCCUUAUGUGAAGCUGCAAUUGUUGCCUGACAAACAGCAUCAUGUAAAAACUAGAGUCCUCAGAAAUACCAGAGACCCAGUGUACGAUGAAGAUUUUACAUUUUUCGGCAUAUCGCAAAGUCAGCUUCAGAAAAUCAGCUUACACUUCAUUGUGCUGAGUUUUGACAGAUAUUCGCGUGACGAUAUCAUUGGAGAAUUGACAUGUGCUUUAUCAUCAGUGCCCGGUUUAGAGGAUGCGGACAAUCAAGAAAUAUCUCUCUGUCGAAAAAUAUACCCCAGGAGUUUAAAGAUACAGUCGCAAGGGAGAGGAGAAUUAUUAGUCUCUCUUUGUUGGCAACCUGUUACCAGCCGGCUGACGGUGGUAGUAUUAAAAGCACGAAACCUACCUAAGAUGGAUGUGACUGGGCUUGCUGAUCCAUAUGUGAAAAUCUAUCUUCUGUACAACCAACAACGUAUUGCUAAGAAAAAAACACACGUAAAGAAACGUACGCUCAGUCCAGUAUUUAACGAAUCCUUCGUCUUUGACAUACCAAACGGUGCAGAUGGGCUCAACAAUGUCAGCCUCGAGUUUAUGUUACUAGACUGGGAUAGAGUUACGAAAAAUGAGGUAAUCGGCCGGCUAGAGUUUGGUGGACCAAAAUGUCAAGGCUCCGCUGUAAACCAUUGGAAAGAGGUAUGCAGCUCACCGCGACGACAGAUAGCCGAUUGGCAUAAAUUGCGAGAGUAAGUGGUCUCUGGCCCUACGUAUCAGCCCGAGUUCCCACCUCCAAUUUCUCUGGAUUCCCAUAUCCUCCUCCACUGUGAAACCGAUUCGAUCCUUGAAACCCUACGAGGUAGGGCAUCUGUUUUGUAAACCUAAUAAUCGAUGUAUUAGGCUUGAAACGAAUGGUUCCAUCCGUAAUCGCUGUCAUCACACAUAAAAAUGUCUUAUAUUCAUAAACGUUUGCAAAUUUUUUUCUUUACAAUUCACACUAGGAAAUCUAGUGAUAGCUUUUCAAUCUCAAAAUAAAUGAAAUUUUCAAUAAAUGGAAUAAUCAUAUUGCUCUGUCCAAGCCUGUUAGAACAAUUUUCUAUAAUUUAUUUAUUUAUUUAUAAUAAAAUUGGUUUUCCCGAAAAUAGAAAAUAAUUUGUUAAUAGAAGAUUACGUCAUGGAUUGUCGCGAAACAUGACAUGUAGUGACAUGCGAUUACGGGAUGACAGCUUGCAGGAUGCUUUACGAGAUAUAAACAUAGACAUUAAGAUUCCUGACCAGUAAUGAGACUAUGAAAAAGGAAUGUCGGUGCAAAGCGACCUAUCAAUUACUAGAUACUGCAUCAUGUAGAUGAAAAUGAAGCAAAUUUUUCUUAUCUCCUAGAGCGAAUUGGAUGGAAUGCAUUAAUUAAUACAUACUGGUGCGUUGGAGGCGAUCUUACACGAAGUGACUUGAAAGCAUAUAUACGUAUAAAGUAUUACAUAAUCGGCUCACUAAACCAUUUAACGGUUUCUUUUCUAAGCUAAUUUGCUGGAUCACAUUUACUACUUGGCAAUUGCACGAUUGUUGUUUCUGCUAAACGCAGUUUGUGCACUUUGAUAAAUUUUAUGUACCGAAAUAUACAACUGAAUUUAUUAAGGUGUUUAGUUCAAAAAGAGAGAGGGAGAAGAAUAGAUAGCAAAAAAGAGGAAAAAGAGUUUGCUCCAUUUUAUUUAUAUUCGUCACACACACAUAAACAAACACACACAUACACACACACUCGCUCGAUCGCAGGACGUAUAUCACGUGUAUCGUAUGUCAAACAUAUAUGUUUUUAUAAUAGUGUAGCUGUAAAUUCUUGGUUCUUUGAAUAAUAACAAAAACUUGUUUUUAUUUGUUAGAAAAAAAUAAAUCUCUGGAUUUCUAAAUAUUAUUAAUUGUAUUAAUAAAAUCUAUAUUAAUCUAUAGACAUCUGUGAAAUCAGCAAAAAGAAUUAUAUUUAUUUUAUAUUGAAAGUUCUCUUUUUUUUUUCAGUCUAAUUACGAACUCUUAAAAGUCGCUCUAAACCGGACAUCCAAUAACUAAUAUCUAAUAGCACUUUUCUCUUACUUUUUCAUGUUGGGAUUACGAUAAACCGACGAAUUUAUGCGUCUUGUUAAUGCGAACUGCGAACGAGUAUGCAAUGUACAUCAUUAUUUCAGAAAGAUUCAGUGAAGGUUCAAUGCUCGUAUCUUCACCGAAUUUGUCUAGCGCUAAAUAUGGCUAUCUGAUCAUCGUCAAUCUAUCAGAUUUUUUUUCAUGUCGUGUGUAAUAUAUUAUCAUAGUAAGACCUACAAAUAUAUUUCAAGUUUGAAUCGUUUCGUUCAUCUUUCGUCUUUUUAGUCUUAAUGAAGCAAAGAUAAACGAGUGACUGUAUAUUAUCACGAGUUUUAAAAAAUUAUGGAAUCGAGUAAAUCCAGAAUUGCGAUCUAUCGGCGAUCUAUAUACCAAAAACAACCUCAAAUUAUUUCAAUCACGAUUGCCUUUCUAUUUUCGCGAUUAAAUGCCGAUAAACAAAGAACUGUAUUGUUGCUUUUAAGAGUAGCUGGACUACGAUUAGUCUCAGUCCGCAUCGCGAUUGUACAUAUGUAACUGACGAAAAACGCGCGAACUGGCGAAUUUAUUUGAUUCUUGCAUAAUCGGUAAGGGAAAAUUUUAUGUAUGUUGUAUGUAUUUGUCACGAAAGUAAUGAGACUGAUUUUUUUUAGUACAACAUGACAAUACCGAGCAUUAAAACCGUAGACUAAUUCGAAUUUUUUCUUUAAUUGGAAUGUUUUGAAAAUAUGAAACUGUGCGAUUCACAAAUUUCUUAUUCUUCGUACUUCUUCUCAAUCUUUAAUCGCUCUUAUUUGACAUAUGCAGAAUAAAAAUAUUUAAUCAUGUGCACUACAACAGCAUUUCCAUUUUAUAUGCGUCGCUAAUUCACAGAAAAAUCAAACUGUUAAAAAUUAAUAUGAGCAUUUGGUUGUAAUUUUAUUGUAAGAUUGACCAAGUUAUAAAACUUAAAAUCGAAUUCUGAUUCGCUUUUGAUAUUUGGUAUUGUUUUAAAGGAUCGCUUUAAAGGAUCAAUCUUAUUGCUUUUACGACCGACCUCUUGUAUGUAUCAAAAGUAGGAUGGUUGGGAGAUACACACUUUCUGCUCCUCUUAACACGAUAGAGUUUAAUUGCACACUGUAACAUUAAAAUGAUUUUUCAUUCUACCGUCAGUAUAAUUAUUAGUAUUGUCCAUCAGUUAAUUAUUAGUAUUAUUAUGCUAAUUCUUUUGCUAGUGCUAAAACUGUGGAUAAGACCGAUUAACGUCCAAGUCGUAGACAUAAACUGAUAGAUUCUUUAUUAUAUGUACAUGCGUACGUACUCAGCCAAUACUGAAUCUAUCUCUUUACGUUUGUAAUCCAAAUAGAUGCUCGAAAUCACAAGAUAGCAUGAUAUUCGUUUACGAAUGCGAAAGUCAAUAAUCAGCAACGCAUAAAAAAAUUAACGAAUACUUAUGUUCUUAUUACAUUUAUUAUUCUACAGUGCGAAAUUUGCCCAAUCUAAAGAACGUUUUAUUUGUUGAUUGAAUGUAAAUAUAGGCUUAACACAUGUUCUAUGUAAUUGUUAAUGUAAUUGUUUUAUUAUCACAAAAUAUGAUUAUUGUAUAGUUCUCAUUUCUGGCUUCUUUUUAUAAAUAUAUGAUAAAAAAUAAAAAAUUUAA